UUUCCCCCCCAGGAAGCAUGGCUGCAGCGAGGAGAGUGGUCCAAACCGUGCUCAGCAAGGAGCAGGCAGAAGGGGUCGGGGCUCGAGUGCGCAGAAGUAUUGGGAGGCCCGAGUUAAAAAAUCUGGAUCCAUUUCUGCUGUUUGAUGAGUUCAAAGGAGGCAAGCCGGCUGGCUUUCCUGACCAUCCUCACCGAGGUUUUGAAACUGUUUCGUAUCUACUGGAGGGUGGUUCCAUGGCCCAUGAAGACUUCUGUGGCCACACGGGUCAACUGAAUCCAGGAGAUUUGCAGUGGAUGACAGCUGGCCGUGGUAUUCUACAUGCAGAGAUGCCUUGCUCUGAAGAGCCAGCCCAUGGCCUACAGCUUUGGGUCAACUUGAGAAGCACUGAUAAAAUGGUGGAACCUCAGUACCAAGAAUUGAAGAAUGAAGAAGUACCUAAACCUUCACAGAAUGGUGUGACAGUGGCUGUCAUUUCAGGAGAAGCUCUGAAUGUAAAGUCUAAGGUGUAUACUCGCACACCAACGUUGUACCUGGAUUUCAAGUUAGACAAAGGAGUGAAACACACACAGGCCGUUCCGAAAGGUUGGACAGCAUUUAUUUACACCCUCUCUGGUAAUGUGUACAUUGGUCCUAGUAACGAUCAACAAAAAGUAGAAGCCCACCACACUGCCGUGUUGGAUGAUGGUGACUGCGUGCAAGUGGAAAACAAGGAUUCCACAAUAAGCCAUUUUGUCUUAAUUGCUGGUGAGCCGAUUAAGGAACCCAUAGUACAACGUGGUCCAUUUGUGAUGAAUACACAGGAAGAAAUUCUGCAAGCCAUUGACGACUUCAGAAAUGCUAGAAAUGGAUUUGAGAGAGCAACCACUUGGAAAUCAAAGAUUGGGAACAAAUGAAUGGCAACAGUAGAA